GAGCUGCAAGAGAAAAGAAGUGGCUGCUUCAACAGAUGACCCUAAUGAUCCUUUAGAUGAUAUUAUUAUUCCACAAAGUAAAAAUGCAGGUAUCAAAAAAGGUUAUAAGCAGCAAGAAUUAGAUGCUUCGUCUUUAAAUGACUAUGAUAACAAUACACAAAGUAAAAGUAAAAAAGGACACAAGAAGACACACAAAACAGCUAUAUCUUAA